ACACACACACACACACACACACACACACACACACACUGGCACUGUUUUGUUUACGUUUGAGCGCGCGGCAGUCGCCGGUCGGAGCCGGACUGCGGACCUUGUCCUUAUUAUUGCAGCGGUGAUUGUUACCGCGCGCGCGAGGUCAGUUCGCUACACGUGCGUGUCUCGUGCGAGUUCGAGUGCCACUGGCACUGCCAGGGCGUUUGAAGCUACCUCCUGCGGACGGUGAUUUGCGUGCCUUCGCGCGUGUGUAGAGGCACAGUCGGUGGCAGUGCAGGGAACACGCACAGCAUUUGACCUGGGAUUGUGUUCAAAAACAAAGAAUAAACCUUUUUUUAUAGAGCCAAUGGAUUAAAAAUGGAGAAACCGAAACUUUAAAAAAAUCUUACUGAGUGCUGAAUCCCUCGUGUGGCACACUAACUAAGAGCCAAAUGUACUGCUGACACGAUCAGAGGCAAUACAUGAUCUGUGGAGACUGUAGUCAAGGAGAAGAAGGUUCACUGUCACCUCACGUCCGUGAAGCCCAUGAGACCCUUGGAUCAUGGGCUCUGACCGGCUCCAGUAUCGCGCGCUCUUCGAGUACAAGAAGGAACGAGGGGAUGACAUUGCCCUGCAGCCCGGAGACAUCCUCAUGGUCAGCAAGGUGUCCUUGCAGCCAGGGGAGCGUGUGGAUGAUGAUGAUGAGAGGAUCCCAAGAGGGUGGUUGCAUGGAACCAAUGAGCGGACCAAAGAGAGAGGCAGCUUCCCAGGGACCUAUGUGGAGUACGUGGGCACGGUGCCGAUCGAUCCGCCAGGCCAGAAGCCUCAGGCCAGGCCAGUCCCUCCGACCCCAGGCGGAUCACAGUCUCUGGGGGCCAUGGCUGAAGGAACCUGCUUGCAGACCGACCCCCCAGAGCCCGCAGCCCUCCCAGAGAGGGUCGUCGCCAUGGUAAUGAGACUCACGGAAGCACUGGAGAGGGAAGGAUGGGAGAGUGAGCCCCUGUGCUGGUCCUCUUUGGACUCCCAUGGUUCCUCGGAGCUUCUGCAAGCCCUCGAUGCAGAGCCCUCAACUGUGGACUUGGAGCAGUACAACCUGCCUACCUUGGCAGCCACCCUGAGGUGCUACCUCCAGGACCUUCCAUGCCCCAUUGUUCCAGCUGUGAUCUACAGCGAGUUGGUUUUCACGGCCCAGGAGAUUGAAAACAUGGAUGAAUGUGGCCAACAGCUAAGGAGAGUCCUGGAGUCCCCCAGCAUCCCACAGCCUAAUUACCAGCUCCUGCAGCACUUGACCAAGCACCUGUGUCGAGUAGCUCAGAGCGGGGCACCAUGCCAGGCAAGCCCCACGAUUCUGGCCCAGGCCUACAGCGAAACCCUCUUCCGACACUCCCUCUCAAGUGCGAGCGUGAACCCGGAACACCAUGUGAAGAUCGUUGAGGCGCUCAUUGCGGUGGGAGGCCUGGCGGAGACGCAGGCAGCUCCAGCCCUUCCUCCAAAGCCAGCCAAGCCCAUGCUUCCUGCCAGCAGUACCAAUAUCAAGGAAGUAUCUGCAACCUCUCUCCAGGAAGCUGAGUGGUACUGGGGUGAUAUAUCAAGGGAGGAGGUCAACGACAAGCUUCGUGACAUGCCAGAUGGGACCUUCCUUGUUCGAGAUGCAUCCACCAAGAUGCAAGGGGACUACACACUGACACUAAGGAAAGGCGGUAAUAACAAACUUAUCAAGAUCUACCACCGGGAGGGCAAAUAUGGCUUCUCAGAGCCACUUACCUUCAACUCUGUGGUGGAGCUGAUCAGCCACUAUCGACACGAGUCACUGGCUCAGUAUAACACCAAGCUGGAUGUGAAGCUCAUGUAUCCAGUCUCCCGCUACCAGCAGGAUCAGCUGGUGAAGGAAGACAACAUAGAUGCUGUUGGGAAGAAACUCCAAGAAUAUCACAAUCAGUAUCAGGAGAAAAGCAAGGAGUAUGACCGGCUGUAUGAGGAGUACACAAAGACAUCACAGGAAAUUCAGAUGAAGAGGACAGCAAUUGAGGCCUUCAGUGAGACCAUCAACAUCUUUGAGGAGCAGUGCCACAACCAGGAACGCUACAGCCAGGAGUACAUUGAACGCUUCCGCAGGGAGGGCAAUGACAAGGAGAUUGAGCGGAUCAUGAUGAAUUUUGAGAAGCUCAAGUCCCGCCUGGGUGAGAUCCAUGACAGCAAGUCUCGCUUGGAGCAGGACCUGAAGAAGCAGGCACUGGACAAUCGCGAGACAGACAAGAAGAUGAACAGCCUGAAGCCUGACCUCAUCCAGCUUCGCAAGAUCCGGGACCAGUACCUUGUCUGGCUCAAUCACAAAGGUGUUCGACAAAAACAAAUUAAUGACUGGCUUGGAAUAAAGAAUGAAAAUGACGACACCUACUGCACGACAGAGGAGGACGAUAAUCUACCACACCACAACGAGAAGAGCUGGUUCGUGGGUCACCUUAAUCGCAUGCAGGCCGAGGACCUGCUGCUGGGCAAGCCGGAUGGGGCCUUUCUCAUUCGGGAGAGUAGCAAAAAGGGCUGCUACGCCUGCUCUGUGGUUGCGGAUGGGGAGGUGAAACACUGUGUGAUCUACAGCACCCCCCGUGGGUAUGGCUUUGCAGAGCCCUACAACCUGUACAGCACUCUGAAAGACCUGGUCCUGCAUUACCACCAGACAUCCCUUGUCCAGCACAAUGACUCCCUCAAUGUGCGACUGGCCUACCCUGUCUACGCACAGAUGCCCUCCAUCUGUAGAUGAACCACAUCUGUCGUCAGCAUGCAGGUGGGGAAAAAGGUGUUCUGCAGGCAAACUCAAAGCGAAAAGAAAAACGGAGGAAAAAAAUGUGCUGCACCCCAUGUGUGUCAGCCACUGCAAAAUUAUAUAUACAUAUAUAUUUUUACUAGAACAAUUUUAGGGCAUUCUUUCAAGACUGCUUGAUUUGCACAAGGAAGAUUUAAAGUUUGAAUGUGAAACAGAAGACCCGAGUUUCAGGCAACUUAUGGCUGCCUGAACUCCAGCUGGGACUUUUCUCAAUUUUUUUUUUCUUCAUUUUUAAUGCAUUUUUCUUUGUUCCUUGCUUUAGAGCAACUACUCACAGGGAAAAUUGAUUUUUUUCUUUUAAUUUUUUCCCUCCAUGUGAAAGAUAUAAAAAUGUAGCACACAUGAUCAGUAAUUUCCCCUAGUAAGUAAAGGUGAUUGCUGCUAAGAAGUAUAAGAAAUCUAGCUUAAAGCUGUUACACGAACAUAGUAAAAUUCUUUUUUUUUUUUUUUUUUUUUUUUUUUUGCUGGGGCAGAUCAAACUGGACUUACAAAACUCAUUUUCAUUGUGGUGGUUUGUUUUUUUUUUUUUUUUUUUUAUUAUUUGAAUGACAUAUGCCUUGGUCCAGCAUACCUGCAGAGAUCAAAACUGAUACAGAAAGUUUGAACUUAUCCCAAGAUAGAAAAGUAGGCAGUUUGGUACUGCACACAAGUUUAUCUGGUGCUUAUAUACACUACAGAUGUUAGUCAGAUUGUCCCUUGUACUUUGAAUUUUUAAGCACUUAUUUGGGGGAGGGAAAAAAAAAAACACAAGGAACUCAAUGUAUGAAAAUGCAUAUAUCUGCCUAUUUCUGAAAAUAUAUACUUGGGAUUUUAAUAGUUUUCCCUGUAGUAAGAUUUGAGUUAUUCAUAGAUCAGGCAUGUACUUUUUUAUUGUAAUAUGCUUUAUAACUUGAAUGUGCAAUCCAAUUUGCAUCACUAAUGGGGUUAAAACUAGAAUUGGAGAUGCACUAACCCUAUAAGGAUGCACAGAUGAAAGAUAAUCAGUUUAGUGAAUUCCUAUAAAGUUCUUUUUAAAGUUUAUAGCCAGUGAAUCAUUUUGUUAGACUUUCUCUUAGGCUGUCUAGGUUUUAAGCCAAACAGAGUUAACAGAAAGGAAUUAGUUGGAAACGUCAAGGCUAUUGGCACUGACAGGAUUUUGAGCGAUAUAACCUCUAUUUCUGAUCAACAGGAUGCUGUCUGUCCUCACUCUCAGCACUGCACUGUUGAGAUUCUGAUUCCAGUCAUGUGACCCUAGUCUGCUUCUUAACACUAUGACUAUUUAAAUCCCAGUGGCAGUAGUGCAUGAGCAGGGCUGUGACAUUUCAAUACUGUGGCCACCAUGUAACUGCAGCCUGUUGGAGGGCACACAGAUUGAUUAUCUGGAUGGUUUAAGUGGCAUUUAAAUAACCACUUGUUCGUUCUUUCUUUCAAUGAGCUACAGACAUUGGUUUAGUAUCAGCUGAUGUCCUUACCAUUAAAAUUGAUCUGAAGCCCAUUUAUGCGUACAACUGCCACCUAAUAGUAUUAGACGUGAAUGUAAAAUUAUCUUGUGGAGUACAGAGAAGUUCACAUUUCUGUUGAUCCUCUUGCCAGUUUCUAAAGCCUAAAGUGUAAAAAUUGAGAGGCCCCUAUCACUGAGAGGUCAUCUGCAGCUUGAAUCUAACACAGCCAUAGCUCUCAUAGCCUUUACAAUCCAACACAGCCUAAUGUACAAGGGCUAAAUUCUGUUGCUCAGAUCUGCAUCAGGUUGCAUCACUGAUGAGGAUUCAUGUUCUCCUUCCUCACUAGAGAAAAUAUCCUUGUACUGGAGGGCCACUGUCCUACAUCAAAACCAGUGGAAUGCAACUACCAUAUGUGUGUCACUAAUGGUCUUUGACGCAGCACAGCUUAUGAAUCAGCAGCCAAAACACCUAUUUGUUAUAGGUGUGCCUGAGACUGAACAAUUAGUUUAAAGUGUACUGCAGACAGCUCUUAUUUCAGAUCAAAAUUACUUCAAUAGUCUGCAGCAUCUGCCCUAUGCUUUUCUAUCUUGUAGUUUUGAGAGAUCCUGGCAAUUUAGUCUUCCCCAGCAAUUAGAGACUGCAUCCUAAGUCCUAUUAAUGCAUUUUAUGAUUUUUUUUUCUCAAAACUGUCCUCAAUGUUUUCAUUAAUUUGUCUUAUAUGUGAGGGUGGCUUUUUUAUUAUAAUUAUCCAGGACCCCCAGUAGGCCCUGUCUUUACUACUUGAACUAUUGCAUUACUCACUGAAUGUCUUUUAUAUGAUAGAAACAUGUUACAGAAGACAGAUUCCUAUUGGUGUCUGCUAAAUAAGCCUGGAUCAGCUCAAUGCUUCUCUCAGAUUCAGAAGUAGAUGUGUAUGAUUUGGAACUUGUUUUUCUUGAUUGCCAAGAGAGGGAGUGUAAGACACUUUUCAGGGUGAGAUGCAAGAUUUUUACUAUACCUAAGCUUACUGAAGGAUUAAGAGGAUACCCAUUAGAGGUUUUUUUUUUUUUUAAGAUUUUGUUUUUUUCCUUUGCUGUUUUGUCAUUUUCAUUGUAUCUCUCCCUUUGCUUUGAGACCAAAGACUUAAGUUGAAUCAGUUAUCAAUUUUAAGUGCUGUGUGUAGAUUUUAGUAGUGGGGUAUAUUGGUUGUGUUUUGUUUAGUGUUUAAUGGGUUUUUCCUAUGAAUUACACAAAAGCCAAUGUGCAAGCCCUAAAGUCAUUUAGAUAUCAUUACUUUUCUCAUACAUAUUUCCUUCCUUCACUUUUGUUAUGUGGAAGGUAUGUUGAAUCAAUACCCAUGCAGUUAAAAAGAUCCAAGCAGAAGAACUAAGUUGUCAUUGAGAUCAGUCUCCCCAUGCCCCCCCGCCGGUAAUUUGAUCCAACUGCCCAAAAGGACUUUGUCAUCUUGGACCAUAAAAUUAUAAUACUGUACUUUACAUGGAGACUUGGAGAAUUUGAAGCCAGGAUUAAAACUAGUUGGUUACAAUAGUUAGAUUUUGUGCAACACUUUCUUCUCUCUCUGAUACCCUUAACUUCCUUCUAAAAAUAUCUGCAUCUGUCACCAUGCAAUUUUCAAAAUGUAGCCAGUAUUAAACUUGUGUACUACAGUGUAGGAGGGUUUAUCACUCUUUGUCUACCAUUUAGAAAUAUUGUACAAUACUUGCUCCCAAAGUAUAACAGUUUGUCAAAGAAUGUAAUUGUCGUUCUCUGCAGGCCAGAAAGCGGUCGGAGUUGACUGGAUAUUUAGUUAUUUCACUUCAGAUAGCAUAUUCCAGUAUUUAUAUUUUAGCAGGAUUAAUCUAUGGAUUUCACCAUAAAGGAAGGAAAAUGUUGCCAGGAAAUGUAUUUGUUUGAAUUGAAAUUGGCUGAAAGGUUCCCACAUAAAUUAAGCUGUAGUACAAAGGUGGAGGAUCAGAAGUAUGUCUUGCUUCUGAAUGGGAGGUUUUUUUUUUUUUUUUUUUUUUGGGGUCUUCUCCCUGCACAGCCCUGCAGAGUUAUAUUUGCGGUGGCAUUUGAUUACGUUGUGAUUAACUGAAGUGUUUGUGUCCUUGACUGUGCUGCCAGCAAACUACCCAGAACAGCCUAACAGCAGCAUCACCAAUAUUUGCUUGUUUUACUUCUCCCAUUUUACAUGCAUACAGAAAUCCAGCAUGCAUCUUUGGAAAUGACUGUUUUUGUGUAUUAAAGUUAAACAAAUGUUUUGUCUUUUAUGGUAUAUUCAGAGCAGCUCAAUUCAAUAUUGCUUACAAAAUAAAGUCACUUCUGCUAAAAAAAAAAAAAAGAGCCCUGUAUAGCUGUUAAAAUGGUUAAAUCUAUAAAUGCUGAGAAAGAGGAUUUUUUUUAAACCCAUGUUUUGAAAUGGCACCAUAUGAUAUAUUUGGUUUCACCUGUAAAAUUUCAUUACAUUCAAACAGUAAAUUUAUAGAUCAUGACUUAAUUAGAUGUGAUUUUAUUUCACUUUUAAUAACAGCAUAACAUUUGCACAGGCACAACUGAGUACUUUAAUGUUUUUAAUUAAGAUUUACAAGCAAUAAGAAACAUUAACCUUAGCCCCUUGCCUGCAGCUUAACAGCCUAUGCUAGUGUGCUUCCAUCCUGUCAGCAAAUUUUUACUACUUCUGUUCUUCCUGUAGUUACCUUUUAAUUUACCUCUAAGACAUCAGUUAAAAAAAAAAAAAAAAAAAAGCACCUCUUUCUCAGUAUUCUACCUGCUUCAGGCUCGUAUAUCAUUGUUACAUUUUUUCAUCACAGUACAGUUUGUGUAUUGAUUGUUGAGUAUAUUUGUUAUGGGAUGAAUUUGUGUAUGUCAUCAGCUCCACUCCAUGAUAUUCAUAUCUCUUGCAGAAUAAAGAAAAUAUUUUGUUCAUGUUGGUUUUCCUGUCUUUUGUUUUUAGAGUGGAAUAAUUUGUUUAGGAAGAAGAGCACUGGGUAUACAGAAUCUCUCUAGGUUAGGUUCAGUCUCAGUCUGUGUGGGUACAAGUUGUGCCUCAUUUGAGUAGAUGCAUAAAUACAGAUGGUCCCUGACUUAUAAAUGGGGUUAUGUGCCAAUAAACCCAACGCAAGUGCAAAAUGCAUUUAAUACCCCUAACCUCAUUGCUUCUUAAGGUGGUUGAGAUCAUUGAUGGUGAAAAUCCAAGUUCACGUGCAAUGAGUUUCUCCUCACCAGUAGCAGAAAAGAGAUGGGCAUUUCGUAGACAUGAUGGAUGCACAAAACAAUGUAGAUAUGGAGGGGUAUCCAGAA